UAGGCGUUCGCUGCAGAGCUGGCGGGAGCUACAAGGCGUUCAUGAGGUGCAGACCGUAGUCCUUCCCGCUGGAGAUAACUCCUGCAGGCAGGCUGGCGUUUAUGAUGAGCAGGUUACGUUCAGCUGUAGUUAAAGGCAAGAAAGGCCCAAUGGAGACGUUGGGGACAACCAUUUCAACCCGGAAGAGGUCCAAAACAUCUGUGAAAGCAGAACCAACCCCAACUUUGCUCCCAUCAUCUUCAUAUCACACGUUCUCCAAUCCUGCUGACGUUGUGCGGCUGCGGUCUCAGCUCCUGCGCUGGUAUGACAAGGACCAGAGAGAGCUGCCCUGGAGGACUCUGGCCGUGACAGAAUCAGACAUCAACAUCAGGACGUAUGCAGUGUGGGUUUCAGAAAUAAUGCUGCAGCAGACCCAAGUUGCCACAGUAAAAGACUACUACAACAGGUGGAUGAAGAGGUGGCCCACAGUGCAGGAUCUUGCGUCUGCUACAAUCGAGGAGGUAAAUCAGAUGUGGGCGGGCCUCGGCUACUACUCGCGUGGAAGAAGGCUGCAUGAAGGAGCGCAGAAGGUGGUCUCAGAGCUGAAGGGACAGAUGCCUCGGACUGUCGACAACCUGCUCAAACAGUUGCCUGGUGUGGGACGCUACACAGCUGCAGCCAUAGGGUCUAUUGCUCUGGGGCAGGUGACCGGCGCCGUGGAUGGGAACGUGAUUCGGGUGCUGUGUCGCCUGAGGGCCAUUGGGGCCGACAGCACGAGUCCCGGAGUGACGGAGGCUCUUUGGGGUCUCGCCAAUUUGCUGGUGGAACCAGAAAGGCCUGGAGACUUCAACCAGGCCAUGAUGGAGCUGGGAGCCCGAGUCUGCACACCCAAAGGGCCGCUAUGCAGCCAGUGUCCCGUCCAGUCUCACUGCCGCUCGUACCACAAGGUUCACGUAAAACAGGAGCAAAAUGCUAAGAAGCUGUUAGGAGAGUUGAACAUGCCUGAUAUUGAAGACUGCGUGAACGGCGGCGCCUGUUCCCUGUGUCCCUCGGAGCCGUGGGACGAUCGGCUGGGUGUUCAGAACUUCCCCAGAAAGCCGGCCAAGAAAGCUCCCCGGGCGGAGCGGACGCUGACCUGCGUGGUGACCCGGCCAGGAGGAGAAGGCGCUGAGGAGUACCUACUCGUACAGAGACCCCGCAAAGGUCUGCUGGCAGGUUUAUGGGAGUUUCCCAGUCUUCUGCUGCAGGAGGACCAGACCGAGGCGAAGCAGAAGAGCGCGCUGUGCGAACAAGUCAGCAGAAUACUGAGAAGCACUCUGACUGGGCACCUCCUCCAGUAUGUGGGAGAGGUGGUGCACAUCUUCUCCCACAUCCACCAAACCUACGUGGUCUACAGCCUGUGCUUAAAGGAGAGGGACGUCACACAGGCUGAGCCCGGGAAGGAACGGUGGGUCACCAGGUCUGGCCUACAGGAAGCCGCCGUGUCCACAGGGCUGAAGAAGAUUGUGAAGCUCUUUGAUGCUGUGAACAGCUUAAAGGAAAAAACCUCAAAGGAUGGAAAAAGACGAAAGCCUGAAGGACUAAAAAUUGACAAGAGGUCAACAAAAAAGGGUAGAAUGACUGGAGCUGACGGUGGAGGCAGACAGCUCUCUCUUAGCUCCUUUUUCAAGACGGUGAAAGAAGAGAGCAGUUAGUCCCUAAAGCUGAUUUUAGAUGUGCAUGUUUCUUUUUCUUUCCUUUGUCUCCCCUAUAUUAAAUCAGAGACCAAUGAAAGGUAUAGUCAACUGUGCUCAGAGAUUUUAUUCAACUAGACUUUUAUUAUAUCCUCUGUUAAAUAUCUAUUUUUAAAAUACAUUGUGUAGAUAAUUUUAUAUGUUUGAUAUACAUUUCCAGUCUUUUUCUUUACAUUAACACUGGUCAUGUUAAGUAAUCUUGUCAGUUAACCACACCUACUGUGUAAAAGAUAAUCUCAUCCCUCUAAUUAUAAUAAAACCAUUGAACCU